UCAAAAACUACAAGGGAGAGAGAGCGCCCUUCAGCCGCUGGGAGAGAAGGACUCCUCUUCGCUGUGUCCGGCGACCGGGUCCGUGUCCCAUCGCCCGACUCUCUCGGCUCUCGACGAUUUUCCACGGAUUUAAAAAAACAACAGAAAAAGGAAACAAGCAAGAAGAAUUCGCGGAGCGAAGAUUUACGAGGCCGAUCGCGAGGUGCCUCGUUCUCUUAUCCGCGGACGCGUCGUCGCCUUCGCCGAUGGAAACCGGGCGGAUUGUUCGCCGGAGUCCGAGCCGUUUCUCCGCGUGUUCUGUGCCUGGACGAUGAAUUCGGCAGGAUGCACACGGUGACGAUUUGUGAAUAAACAGUGUGAACCGUGUAAUCGAUGUUGCUGUGAUUUAGUGAAGCACUGACGGACACGGACGGACGAGGUAGAGAAAACGGGACGAAAGUGGAACACGAGUGAAUUAGUAAAGAAGGUACGAGAGAGAGAGAGAACGGCGAACGAAAAGCCACAGUAACUCUGUGUAUAGGAAACGACAAAAAAGAACGAAAUAGAAUACUAACAAGCAAAAAUAACAAGCAAAUAUCAAAAGUAAAAGUAAUUGACGAGAGAAAGAGAGUGUAAAUGAUAGAGUUCGAAUGCGAGGGAAAAGAAUAUAACGAGCGAAGCAUUUGAGGACGUUCGCUAAACAUGUACUGACGCCGCUAAAACACCUCUCCGAAACCCUUUCAAAAUGGCGGACAAGAAUAAGAUUCUGCCCUGGUCGCUGCUAUCCUAUCCGACCAGUCUCUUGAAUCACGUCUGGUACAGCCACCUUGCUUUCAAUAAUAGAAUUUUGGAGAGCAUAAAAAUGCCCCGGACCAGUUUCCACAUCCAUGACAUCCUUCAGCUCGACUCGAAGCCGUCUCAGGAGGAAGCGGACGUCCAAGGUAGCACCACCGUUCUGCCGAACGCGAACGAUGUCCCGUCGGCGUAUCAGCAAUUCUUCGAGCACACGCAGGCCAUGCUGCAACCGGCGUUGUACGCGAACUUAAACAGAGGGACGCUGCCUCCGCCGCCACCUGGUCUUCUCGGAUGGCCGGCUGGACCGACGCUGCCGACUACCUUGCCUCAGCCUUUGGAAGAAGUGAACGUGCUGCAGCAACCGGACUCGACCAGCCCGACGAUCUCGGACCUGUCGUUCGCCCCGAAGCAGGAGACGAGCCACGAGUGCAAAGAAGAGGAGUCCGUGGACUUCGAGGACGAGCAGCAGACCAGCGAGACGCAGCCCCACGAGACGGAGCACAAGAAACGGAAACGGCGAGUUCUGUUCUCGAAGGCGCAGACGUUCGAGCUGGAGCGACGUUUCCGCCAGCAGAGAUACCUGAGCGCGCCGGAGCGGGAGCAUCUCGCGUCGAUAAUCCGGCUGACGCCGACCCAGGUGAAGAUCUGGUUCCAGAACCACAGGUACAAGACGAAGAGGGCGGCCACCGAGCGAGUGGUCGAGGCCGGCGGCAGCGGAUGCUCGCCCAGAAGAGUCGCCGUGCCUUUGCUGAUCAAGGACGGCAAGCCCUGCCAGUCGAAGCUGAUGGAGCCAGCCGCGUACCCUUCCACCGGCCAGGUGCCAAUGCCGCCCUACAUGCAGAAGCCUUACUGGUGGUAAACGCGAACCCGCCUGCGAACGGUUUGCCGACGAACCUAAACGAAUCCAGGGGGUUGCACGCCGCAUCUAGUCUGAUCGGAGCCGGAGGACCGGCGGUCGAAAGCUUCCUGUUCCGCGCGACGUCCACUGAGCGGCUUCAGCGAUGGCUCAUUUCGAAGAGCAGAUCGCGGGCUUGCCGAAGAGCCAUGCGAGAAGACUCGCGAUCUGCCUUGGCGCCGUCGGCGAGAGGAAAUCCGAAGGGAAGAGAAGCUGGACUUAGCUACCGUCGACCGGGAAGUGAUCGCGGAACGCUUCGAGAAAAGUUUUCGAUGAGGAAAAGCUGCGGCAGACCUGGGCAACGAAUUCGCCGAGGUGUCGGCUAGCGGAUACCCUAAAGGAUCAGCGAUCGGAACUCUGAGCGACGCCAGAGUCGCGGAAUCCGCGCGGAUGACUCUUCCUCCGGGCGCGCGAGCGUCUUCGUGCAGCUGUUUAUAAGACGUUCCGAGCAAUCCCGGUGCCAUAAUCUGAGGAAUCGGUGGUCGCCGAUCGUGCUGUCGGCUUUGGCGGUUGUGUCGAGGUCGGUUAUGUCAAGGUUAUCGAUCAGCUCGAGUCCGAAAUCGCGCCGCGUUGGCUGGCGAGUCGCGAAGCUUUCGCUCGUCGACGAGCGAUCGGCUGGACAAUGGUUUUCCUGCUGAGAAAGGUGUCCUGCGAGCAAAUUCGAAGGCGAUCGGAGGUCGCAAGAUGGCCGACUCGCGGCGGAAGAAGGGAGAAAAUGGCGCGGGCACGCGCGAAACCAAAGAUAGCUCGCGAUCGUGUUGCGGCGAGCGUGUUCUCGCCGGGCGAGUUAAGUAGAUAAGUGAAACGAGAUAUAAUAGAGAGUCAGAUUUAAUAAUUCGCUGUCGACGAGCACGAGUUUCAUUUCCUGUUCCGUUUGUCCCUGUACAAAAUGGCCGGCCGAUGUAGCGCGCGCGCGCGCAUCGAGGCCUUCGCGUUCGCGCUAUCGACGCGAUUUUUCGAAUCGUAAUCCCCGGUGAACCGCGAUAGCGGAAAGAAUAGACGAGCGUUCCGUUCGAGAUUUGACAGUGUGCAAACGUGUUCGCGUGUCCAUGUGUGCGUGUGCGCGCGCGCACGCGAGGGGGGAAGCGUGAGAGAGCGAGGGAGAAGGGUGAUCGUCGCUUACGUAACUCGCUGACACCUUGCUUUCUAUCAAUCUAAUCGCGCGAUAUAUCGAAGAUAAGAGGAAAGAACGAUGAAAAACAAUUUCUCUCUCUCUCUCUCUCUCUCUCUCUCUUCGAACGCGGCGAGAAAUCAUUUCACGGAAAAUAAUGUCGGCUCCCGACGAUUAGGGAGCUCCGGAAAGCGUGUCGUUGGAAUUUAUCGAUUAGGACGAAAAAUUAGCAGAAACUUCGAACAGGAGAAACUUAGCGAUUGUUUGUUGAAUUAUUCAAACAAAGCGGCACGGUCGUGUUCGAGGACCCGUUGUAAUAUAAAACAUGGCCAGUGUUUCGCCACCCCCCGAACCCCCAACCCCCAGCCUCUGAACCCCUCCGAGUUCCUUCGCGAAACGAACGAUCGUUUUGUAAAAUCCUCGAAAACGCCACACGUCUCUCCUCCCGUGUUCACUUGGUUAAAUCUGGUCGGAACUUGGUUUUAUGAUGUAUAGAUGAUAAAUCGUGGAUGUAAUGUGACAGUUGAACAGUCGAUAGAACAGAAAAUCCAGUUUAUCGCCUUUAAUUAGGUAGGUUGUAUAUAUGUACAUUGUGUAUAAUACAUAGUAGUCUAAUAUAUCAAAUACAUAUUUAAUAAAAUUGAAUCUUAAACUAUU